AUGAGCAGCCAGAAACAGCAACAACAGGAGUCCGAUCAGCAUCAUCAUCAUCAAGAAGGAAACAUCUCAGAAAUCGACCUGGAUAUCCUCAGACAGCUCUCGAUCGAAAAUGGCGGGUUCUCUCAACCGGGUCUAUUACUUGAUCGACUCCAGGAAAUGACUCAGACGGAUCUCCUAGGAUCUCCCUCUACACAGUUGCUUCAAAUACUCCAUCCUGCCACAUCUCAUCGCAAAUUCAUUUGGUCUGGCUUUUGUGCUCGGGAUUCCUGUGCAUUCGUCGUGAGCCCCUCCUCCUUCAGAUCCUUCACGAGGGAGAUCGAGAAGCCCGACGUGCGCGAGAUUGCAGUUGAACAUCGGGACGAGAGACAGGUCGAAUUGGACAUCAACCGCUCAUUCGUAUACUACCCCCAACAGAUAUCUGAUCCAAUGAAGACCCAACUACGGGAGACGUUGCAAGGGAUCAUCGUGAGAAUCCUGCGCCGGUUCCCGAAGAUGAAUUACUUCCAAGGCUACCACGACAUCGUCUCGAUCUUCUUGUUGAACUUCCUCGACCUCGACCGCAUGUCCCUCCUUGCUGCUGAGACCUCCCAAGACCAGGAGAAAGUAGAAGAUGAUGGCUCGGAUGUGAAGAUCAGGCCCGUCGAGAUCGAUCAAGACCUCAGGUUGUUGGAAGAAACCGUCCAGAAGUUCUCUCUGCAUCGGAUCCGAGAUAGCUUAACUAGUGAUCUCUCACCUAUCAUGGGCUACCUGAGGAUUACCCAAGCGAUCCUUGCGAAAGAGAAGCCGGAUUUUGCGACGUUAAUCUCGCAAACAUCGAGUCUUCCGCUGUUCUCACUGUCAUGGAUCCUGACCUUGACCUCGCACGACCUGACCUCGUUGGACGUGGUUUCGCGGAUCUUCGACUUUUUGCUGUGUCAUCCACCGGUGAUGAUCUGUUAUCUGGCCUGUGCGAUCUGUCUGACGAAGACGGAGGAGGUGGAGGACUUGGUGGCUCAGGCGCAGGCCGAGGGCACCGAGAUCGACUUGGACAUGGUCCACUUUGUCAUGUCUUCUCUGCCCCCUUUGACGAUGGACUGGCCCGAUGAAUCGCGCUGUAAGGCUGAAGCCGAGCCACGUGAUCAAAAAAGAACACCAGACCAAGAUCAGGCCCUUGAACCAGAUCAAUCAGAGGACUCAACAGACCUCGAUCGGCCGACAGAGAACCAAGCUGGGGCUGCGAGUGUGAUCGGGGAUGAAAGACAGGUCGAGGAGGGACACGGUCGGAACAAGGCGGGUGUUCCGAUCGAACAGAUCAUCCGAUCAGCCCUGGCUCUCUACCAGGCCUACCCGCCGACAGAUCCCCGCUUGAAGCUCGACACGAUCAUGGGGCCGAUGAGCUGCAUCCAUACCUGGGCGGACUCCCGGCUCGCUCGCUUGUCGGACCACAAGGCCCACGAGAUCCUCGAUUCGCCCCUCGAUCGAAUCGUCAGACCCGCCCCCCCUCAUCCGAGACUUGGUUCCAGGAAGAAACUGGUAUCGGCUCGCUCUAAAUUUAGAUUCUCGCUCUCUAAAUUUAAUCUUCAUCUCAAGAAGAUGUUUAAGAUCAAUCAGUCAAAGCACCAGUUCCUCUUCCUCUCUACCUCCGUGCUCAUCGCUCUCCUCGCUCUGAGACUCUACUCUCUUCCGUCAUCUUCAUCAUCAUCAUCUUCUUCUUCGGGUCAGACCACCUCGGUCCUUUCGUUUCUGUUGUUUCUUAAACCGAAUCAUCGGGCGUCGCUUUUCGACGCUUUCUUCUCCCUUCAGGACAGACUUUCUGCGUCGAUCUCUUCGCUCUUCAUCGUUCAUUAA